GCAAUAGAUGAGAUCAAUAAGAAUCCAAACAUGCUUCCUAACAUCACUCUUGGUUACCAUGUUUAUGACAACUGUGUGAUGCUAGGAAUGGCGUUUCGGGCUGCCAUAUCCCUGGCCAGUGGGACAGAGGAGUCCUUCUCAAACCUAAACUGCACUGGCCCACCACCAGUGAUUGGAAUCGUGGGGGAUUCAAGUUCAACUGCUUCUAUUGCGAUUUCCAGUAUUCUGGGGCUGUUUCGAGUACCUAUAUUGGUUCACUACCUACAGAAAGUGAACUUCACCACAGGCUUUGGGGAUCAUGUGUCAUUUGAUGAGAAUGGAGAUGCUCUGCCUAUCUAUGAUGUACUAAACUGGCAGCCGAGCUCUGAUGGAUCAGUAAGGGUCCAAACUGUUGGUGUAGUAAAUGAAGAGGCAGCAACAGGGAUGGUGCUCACACUGGAUGACGAUGCAUUAUAUUGGAACUUUGAGCCAAAACAAAUUCCAAGGUCAGUGUGCAGUGAGAGCUGCCCCCCAGGCACAAGGCAAGCCUCGAGGAAGGGCUUUCCUGUUUGCUGUUUUGACUGCCUCCCAUGCAGAGAUGGAAUGAUUUCUAAUACAACAGAUGCAAAUGAGUGCAUAGUGUGUCCAGAUGAGUUCUGGUCCAAUCCAGAAAAGGAUCAGUGUGUCCCCAAAGAAGUAGAGUUUCUAUCGUAUGAGGAUCCUCUGGGCAUCUCUCUGACCACUGCUUCUCUGCUUGGCACCUGCUUCUGUGCUCUUGUGAUGGUCAUCUUUACUCAUCACCGUAACACUCCCAUAGUACGUGCCAACAAUUCAGAGCUCAGCUUCUUGCUGCUGUUGUCACUCAAACUGUGUUUCCUGUGUGUGCUACUGUUCAUUGGUCAGCCACAGUUGUGGAAAUGUCAGUUAAGACAUGCUGUGUUUGGCAUAAGCUUUGUCCUGUGCAUCUCCAGCAUCCUAGUCAAGACUAUGGUGGUAAUAGCUGUGUUUAAUUCCUCUCGACCAGAGGGCAAAACCGCGUUAAAAUGGUUUGGAGUAGCUCAACAAAGAUGCACAGUUCUGAUCCUAACAGCCAUCCAGGUUGUGAUUUGUGCAGUCUGGCUAUCAACUGCCUCUCCAUCACCCCAUAAAAACAACCAGUAUAUCCGCUCAAAAAUAGUAUAUGAAUGUGCUAUUGGCUCAGUGGCUGGUUUUUCUAUGUUGCUGGCAUACAUUGGACUGUUGGCAGCAGUAAGCUUUCUAUUAGCCUUCCUGGCAAGAAAUCUUCCAGAUAAUUUUAAUGAAGCAAAGUUUAUCACUUUCAGCAUGUUGAUCUUCUGUGCUGUGUGGAUUGCAUUUGUUCCAGCAUAUUUGAGCUCUCCAGGGAAAUAUGCAGUAGCUGUGGAGAUAUUUGCCAUUUUAGCUUCUAGUUUUGGAUUACUAGUGGCCAUAUUUGCCCCAAAGUGCUACAUCAUCCUUUUACAUCCAGAGAGAAACACUAAAAAAGCCAUCAUGGGAAGAGAUACACAAAAGAAAUGA